UCCCAGUCGUCGAAGUAGAUGGAGGCAGGAUGAACAUAACGACGUACCAGCAGUGUUAUACCCCCUCCUCCUCCCCUCGAGGCCCGACCCGCUACCUACAGUUCCCCUCCAUUGUCAACAGAGAGACCCUCCAACAGCCUCCCAGGCAGUUCCCUGUAGAACCGGUCGGACCAAAGAGGAACCUCGAGCUUGAUCCCAAUGGACCCGUUCUAGGUCUUGGUUCUAAAGCUAUUAAUACUCAGCGGUUUCUGGAGCCUAAGGCUAUCACUGCCAGCCCUGUCCCCAGUCAGAUCACGUCGUGCUCCCUGCCGAAGCCGCCGGCGCGGGACCGGAAGUAUGCGCGACAGGCCCGCGCGAAGGCCCCGGGGAGGCCCCGGUCCGCCAGUGUGUACCAGACCAAGUUCGGCAGCAUGGAUUCGAACUUGAUCAACAAGUUGGUCCACCAGGUCAGAUGGACGCCCACUUCUCGCGCAGCCGCUGAGGAAGUGUGUCUGAAGUUCCCCCAAAUCGAGCCUCCCCCCACCACCCUGGAGAUGAAGCCCGACCAGGUUCGCAUGACGUGUCAGCGGUACGAGGCCACGCCCAUGGAGUGGCAGAGGGCCGUGUUCUGGGACUUCAUACAGACCCGGGGGAGCGUCCAUGACGACGAUCUGAGUGAGAAGACAUACAGCCGCCCGGAAAAACUCCUCCUCAAAAGGCAGUCUAAAAGAAUGGCAGAGCACCCCCGAAGCAACGCCACGUUAAUCCGAAAACUUGUAAGAGAAGACCAGCUGUCCAAUGUAUUUGUCCGACAAUGCCCGGGGUACUCGGGAUUCGUACCACGGACCCCCACAGAAAGCGAGCUCACCAAACGUCCCCAGCACUCCUACAUGGUCAGCACGAUGAAGGCCAACUACAGGGAACUGCCGGAGGCCGAGUACAGAAAGCAGACAUUUGCCAGGAAAGGUCCCCUGUCUAAGACAGUGACCCUCACUUAUCCCUUCAACCCCUACAACAAAGUCUAACCCCCACAAC